AUGAUGAAAAAGCUUGGUAUCCAACAUAAGGACAAGCAAGAGCAAUCAAUCACACGAGCUGGAAAAAUCAAGAUAAAAGGAGAUGUUAUGUUUAAGAUGAAUAAGCCAUUGGAAAAGAAGUUAGAUAAGAGUUUAGAGAAGAAGCAAGAGUUGGAACAUACAACACUUGAAAAGCCCGAGGCUGAGAAAUUCUUGAGCAAGGACGGCAUCAAAAAAUUUGCCAAGGAUUUUUGGAAGUCUUUAGAAGAUACAGGCAACUUCCAAGGAUAA